AUGGAACAAGCAUAUUAUAUAAAACCAUUAAUGAAAUGUCGAGCACAAGAUGAAUGUUUACUACCCAAUGUUUCCUAUACAAUUUGUUUAUCUUCUGAUACAAAUAUUGUAAUUAAAUCGAAAUCAUUUACCAGCGCUGAUUUGAUUAAUGAAUGUCAUGAAGAUUUCAUUGAAAAUAUUCUUAAUAAAUCUUGUUCCAAUUCAUCAUUACAAUCUACUAGACGUGCAACUUUGACUUCAGCUGAAAGUUAUGGCUAUGGACUUUUAGCCGUAUUUAUCAUAUCAGUUUUAUCAAUUGGUGGUUUACUUGCUUUUCCUGUACUAUAUAGUGUAUCUUUUAAAUAUGUGCUUAAUUUAUUUACUGCUCUGGCUGUUGGAACACUUUUUGGUGAUACAAUGUUUCAUUUAAUUCCUUUCGCACUUGAUAUUCAUAGUCAUCGUCAACAUGAUGAACAUCCACAUUCAAUCUUUUCCGUACCUGAUUAUAUAUGGAAGAUGUUAGUAAGUGUAUCAGUGCUCUAUGUUUUUUAUUUAUUGGAAUUUUUUCUUCAUUCAUGUUCACAUUCUCAACACGAACAUGCUCAUAUAUUAAGCGACAAUCAUGCAAUAUCCCAUCAUGAACACAUUCAUAUGAAUGUAGAAGUUAGUGAAUCUACACCGAUGAAUACUGAUGUUGAAUUAGUACAUGAUCAUCAAUUACAUACACAUAUGAAUCACAAUUCUGAUCAACAUGAUACAAAAGAACUCAAUACAAAAGUAAUAACAAAUCAAAUAAAUGAUACUAAUGAUAAUAAUAAUAAUAACAAUAAUUCAGUAUGUUUUCCAUGUGCCCAUGUACAUGGACAUUUACCAACUUCAUUAUUUUCACAUGAUUUAAAAAAAUAUUCGUCAAAAACAAGUCGACAUACACCAGUUUCAGUUGUUGUUACUGGUUUAAAAGAUAACAAUGGUUUGAAGAAUACCAAUCCAUUCAUUCAAAAAUUGCAAAAAGUUGAGUCAACUGGUUGGAUGGUAUUGAUUGGUGAUGGUAUUCAUAAUUUUGCUGAUGGUCUUGCUAUGGGUGCAGCAUUUAGUCAAGAUCUUCUUUUAGGUUUGACAACAACAUGUGCUAUUGCUCUACAUGAAUUACCACAUGAAUUUGGUGAUUAUGCUGUUUUGAUUCAAUCUGGUUUUUCACAUUCUCGUGCUAUUUUAUGGAAUUUUAUUUCUGCACUAACUGCUUUUAUAGGAUUUUUUAUUGGCGUAACAUUAUCAAGUAAUGAUCAUAUUCGUCAAUGGAUAUUUGCAGUGACUAUUGGCAUGUUUAUUUAUAUUGCACUCGUUGAUCUUUUACCAGCUUUAUUAUCUCACAAUCGAACUAAUUUAAAACGUUUUGUAAUUGUUAAUAUUGGAAUUAUAACUGGUAUUGCAAUUAUGUUUGUAUUAGCUUUAUUUGAAGACACUCUUAUUCGAACAUCAACAUAG